AUGAAUUCAAAUUGUACAACAUCAGAUAGAUCAGAUGAAAGGAAGAAGAAGAAGAGUGUAGGUAUAGUUGGAGGAGGAGUCAGUGGGUUGACAACAGCCAAAGCAGCUAUAGAGUGCGGACUGGUACCAACAGUAUUUGAACGUAAUGAUGACAUUGGAGGUGUAUGGAAUGAAAAGGAUGGAUACACUUGGGAUUCAAUGAAGACUAACUUGUCGUACUAUAGCUGCAUGUACUCUGACUACCCGUGGAAGACAAAGCCCGCCGCUGAAGACCUCUUCCCAUCGGGUAAAGAAGUGCAAGCAUACCUCAAAGACUAUGCAACUCACUUUGAAGUAUACCCUCAAUGCAUCAAGUUUGAAUGCACUGUCACUAGAGUACACCAAGACAAUAUUACUGAAAAGUGGACUAUAGAGUGGACUAAUAAUAACAAAAAUAAUAUUAAUAAUAGUAAUAAUAAUAUCUACAACAAGGAAGAGUAUGAUUAUGUUAUUAUUGCAUCGGGUUAUUUUAGUCAAUGUGAUCAACCAUCGAAUAUAGGUCAACUGGAAAGUGUGUUUGGUAAGGAUGGUGUGUCGUAUGUGCGACACUACAAACAUCCCGAUGAAGCACUACGUAACAAAAAGAUUGUGAUGGUUGGUGGAUCGUACAGUGGGUGCGAGAUUGCCGUCGACCUAGCAUCGACAGUCGGACAGAUUGUGAUGGUUACACGACACCGUCCGUGGUACAUGAAGCGCUCAUUCUCCAAGGACGGCAUAGCACCCAUCCGUCCACUAGACAUUAACUUCUUCACUCGCAAUGGCGAUCACAUGUUACGAUCACACUAUAAAACGGUACAAGAUCAAAACAAAGCAAAGUAUACUAACUUUUCAAAACUAUUUGGGCAUCAACAGACCAUCCCGUCGGUACGCGUCGAUGGUGAACCGACAGACCACUUAUACGGAGCCAUCACUGAUCGGUUUGUUGAAUUGGUCGAACAAGGAAAGAUAGUGAUGAAAUACUCUGACGUAGACUAUGCCAUCGUCGAUAAAGAGACUGGACGACGAUCAAUCAAAUUUAAAGAUGGGUCUGUCGAAGACCAAAUCGACCAUCUCUACAUAUCUACUGGGUACAAACUGACCUUUCCAUUCUUUGAUCAAGACAUGUUGGAUGCUUUACAAUACGAUCCCAAUGAUGGGUUUCAAGCAGUACUAUUACACAAGACUGUAUUUUGUCCAGGGAAGCGUGGUAUUGCAUUUGUAGGUAUUUUUAAAGGUCCCUUUUUCGGAUUGUCUGAGCUUCAAUCUAGAUGGGCAACCAUGGUAUUUACUGGUAAAGACGGUCUAGACUAUCCAACCAAAGAGGAAUUUGACAUUGGUAUAGCUGAAGAACAGAGAAUUAGAUCAGAUCGACCACGUAAACAAUGGCCACAUGGUAAUACCGUAGAAUUUUCAGAGGAUCUUGCCAAACAGAUUAAAUGUCUACCAGACUUUGACAAGAUUCAAAAGGAAGAUCCAUAUCUUUAUAAAAUGUUAUGGUAUAAUUUCAUUUCACCUGUAUCCUAUAGAUUACAAGGAUUUGGUAGUAAUCCAAAGCUUGCCAUCGAACAUUUAAAAGAAAUUGAUUCAAAAUUUAAUAAUUUUCCUAAAUCAUAA